GUUUGCCGAACCAACUAGCCUCAGGGGACUUUUAGAAAAAAAAAAAAAAUCCUUUCACGCCUUCUUCUAGAAACAACACCUUCUCUUUAAAUUAGAGUCUCUCAAAAAAUGGCGGUUACAUCUUCUAGAACCAGAUCAACCGCUUCCGCGCUACGCUCUCCGUCUUCAUCAGGCUUCGCUUCCUCCACCCUCUCCUCCCGUUCUUCAGCUUUCUUCAGCAACCAACAUCAUCAACAUCAACUCCACAGAUCCGCGUCCCCUACGCGCGUUAACCUCUUCGCAUCCUCCCCGCUGAAACAAUCAUCGUUCCGUUACUCGAUCGACAACACCAGAUCCAUCUCCCCGAACCACCGAUCCAUCGCCGUUUCGAAGCCCAGCGGCGGCAACAAGAUCCCCGAUUCGAGGAGGAGAUGCAUGUGCUCGCCGACGACUCACCCCGGAUCGUUCCGGUGCAGUCUGCACAAGAACGUGGCGAAUCCCCACGGGCAAGGCGCCGCGGCGGCGGCGGCGGCGUAUCCGACGAACAGUUUGAAUAUGAGACGUUCGGCGAUGACGAAUUCUCUGGUGAGGAUCGGUGGGGUCGAAGGCGAGUGGGUGAGAAGAGCGUUGACGACUUUGAUAAGGCCGUCUUCGCAUCAGCUGAAAAGGAGGUCUGCUUAUCAGCCUAGGCCUAGUAGGCUAUCGUCUAUGUCGAAAGCAGAUGAUCUUUGAUCGGGUUUGUUAUUGUCUUUGAAUCGGCCACAGGAAGACUCGUUUCUGGUAGAGCUGUGGUUAUCAAGGAAGUCUGGAUCUGAAGCGAGCUGAGACUCGGAUAUGCGCGACUGAGCUGUACUGAGUCGUACCGGAACGAGUUAUGUAACGGAGACCUAAACGACGCCGUCUUGAAGUUUUUGUUUUGUUGGGUGAAAUGAUGAUGAAUUGUACAUAGUACUUCAUAUAUUGAAGCGCACUAAAUUUCCCUAA